AUGGCUGAUUCGCCCACCUCAAACACCCGUCGUGUCCGCACCUUCGAGAAUCAACGACGGAACUCGACCCUCUCGGACUCGCUCUCAGAGGCCCGCAACUCGAUCCGCUCCUCGACCGACGACUUGUUUCUACCGCGUGUAGCAAAAGGCCAUGCCGAACUCUCCACCGAAGAAUCGAAUUGGCAUUCGGCACCGCUCGGGCUAGCCCUGCUGCCUGCAAUUGCCGGCGUUUUUUUCCAUGAAGGCAGUUCCGUCGUCACCGACGUCACAUUACUAGUCUUGGCUGCGAUAUUUCUCAACUGGUCUGUCCGGUUACCUUGGGACUGGUACCGCUCAGCCCAGACCACCCGACGUGAAGAAAGUGGAUUCCCAGCGCCCGACGAUCCCCCAUACGAGCUUGACCAAGAACCCCAACCCAAACAAAAAGAAGCAGAAACAGCCCGCUCCGAGCUCCAAAUCCACGAACUCGCAGCCCUAGCCGCCUGCUUCAUAUUCCCUGUAAUCGGCACCUGGCUCCUCCACGCCAUCCGCUCAAGCCUCUCCCGACCCUCCGAGGGCCUAGUAUCAAACUACAACCUAACAAUCUUCCUCCUAGCCUCUGAAGUCCGCCCAGUCGCCCACCUCCUAAGACUAGUCCAACAACGCACUCUCCACCUCCAACGCAUCAUAAGCGCCUCAACAGACCCAGUCAUAAACCGAACAACCCUCAACGACCUAACAAAGCGCCUCGAAGAGCUCGAAGCCCACGUCGCAGAGACAGCAACCGCCCGUCUCGCGACCCAAACCAACCUCCCCCCAAAAGAACAAGAUCAACUCGAGUCUUCCUCCGUAGUCGCACACGCAGCUAUCGAAACCCGCAAAUCAAUCCAACCCGAUAUCGAAGCCCUUAAUCGUGCCGUUAGACGCUACGAGAAACGCUCCGCCCUCUUCACUCUACAGACCGAUCAGCGCUUCGCGCGCCUCGAGACCAAGGCCGCUGAUGCGCUUGCGCUGGCUGCUGCCGCGCAGCGAUCGGCUGAGUCGCGUCGGUCGAAUUAUGUGUUCAUCCUGCUAGAUUGGGCUUGCGCGUGCGUCGUGGUCCCGGUUCAGAUUGCGCUAUCGGUUGGUGGUUUGCCUGGGCGUGCGGUCUCGGGGUGUUGGGAUGCUGCGAGGCGUAUGUUGAUGGGGCGGAAGGUUAGGCUGCAGCCGCAGUCACAGCGGAGGUCGAGGUCUAAGUCUGGGUUGAAGGGGAAGUCUGGGACUGGGGCUGGGGCUGGGGCUGGAGGUGAUGGGAUGGGAUUGUCGGGUGUAUAUCGGCAGGGUGGUGGGCUGGCGCCACCGCAGCGGCGGUCUGGGGUGAGGAAUGGGGAUGGGCUAUAA